UUUAUGGAAAAACCCUUCUGGUUAAUCUAUCCAUCUAUACGAAUACUACACCCAGGAACAAUUUUCCAUCUUCCACAACCCUGUGCCGCCAUUCUAUUCGAAACCUUGUCGGCGAACCUGCGCGCUCUCAAUCUCUCACGCGCCGUUUCUCGCUAACACAGGGCUUUGAAUAAUCUAGCCCUUUCUCUGAUAAUGGGUAAAGCUAAAAAGGGUCCAAAGUUUGCUGUUAGGAAGAAGAUCGUCACUUCCAAAACAAUAAAAAGUUACAAAGAAGAGGUUUUGAACCCAGAAAAAAAGAAUAUUGUGAAGGAAAAGUUACCCAGAAACAUUCCAAGUCAUUCUUCGGCACUUUUCUUUCAAUACAAUACUGCCCUGGGACCUCCUUACCGGGUUUUAGUGGAUACCAACUUCAUCAAUUUCUCAAUCCAGAAUAAAUUGGAUCUGGAGAAAGGGAUGAUGGACUGCUUGUAUGCAAAAUGCACUCCUUGUAUUACAGACUGUGUGAUGGCAGAACUUGAGAAGUUAGGCCAAAAAUAUCGCGUAGCUCUAAGGAUUGCCAAGGAUCCUCGAUUUGAGAGAAUACUAUGUACUCAUAAAGGGACGUAUGCUGACGACUGCCUUGUUGAGAGAGUUACUCAGCACAAGUGCUACAUUGUUGCAACAUGUGAUCGAGACUUGAAGAGGAGAAUUCGGAAGAUUCCCGGUGUUCCAAUAAUGUACAUCACCAAACACAGAUAUUCAAUUGAGCGGUUGCCAGAAGCAACAAUGGGUGGCGCACCAAGAAUUUGAUGCAGUCAAACCAAAACUGGUAAAACUUGUUAUACCAAAAGUAUGGACUCCAAGAAGUAUGAAAUCCUGCUACAGUACCUGUAUGCUUGGUCUUUUUGCUGGCUGGAAUUAAUUCUACCGGAAGCUUGAGAAUGAACAAAAAGCAACUCUUCAAUGGGUUUUAUACCUGAUUUUUUCUUAGUCUAACUUAUAGGUGUAGAAUUGUUCAAGUUUUUGGUUUCCAAAUAUUGCCCAUCUAAUGUAUCAUGGUUAGCAGAAUUCUUGAAACGAUGUUUUUUUUAUUGCUAGAGAAGGACCUUAUUUUUCUUGAAUCUAAUAUGUAUUGGUUGAUCCUUCACAUGUCAGAAGACUGAAGCAGAAAGUAGAGAAUUCAAGACUA